AAAAUCUACCAGUGCCUCGACUUGGAUGAGACACUCAAUUGGUUGCAACAGAUAGCCGGCGCUCUGCUCUAUCUGCACGACAAUCAGAUCAGUCAAAUGGAUAUCAAGUCGGAUAACAUACUGUUAUCCCCAAUCAGCUCAAUGGCUACAAACUGA